AUUCAAACAAUAUGAAAAAUUAAAACAAAUAGAUAUCAAGAUCGAUUACAUUACAUAACUCCGUAACAUUUUAUGCAGUGAUCUGCAGUGAAUAACGUUCAAAGAUGGCUACGGUUAAGCUUGGACCUCAUCUAAAAGAAUUACGAAUUCUUUUAUGUCAAACGUCAAAAUCUAGUCAGGGUGCUAGAAAUUUUGUCGAACAACAGUAUGUACCUCUUAAAAGAAGUAACCCAGAAUUUCCAGUUUUGAUAAGAGAAUGUUCUUUAAUUGAACCUUUUCUAUACGCACGAUAUGAACGUGGAGUGGAGAAAUGCAUUUCCCUACAAAAUUUAGAAUCUGAGGAAAUACUUAAUCGAAUUAAGGAACUUGCAGCUAGUAAAGCAUAAUAAUAUGUAUUCUAUUACAGAUGUAUCUUAAUUUAUUUAGUUAUUAAAUAAAAUAGUUGUAUUAAUUUAAUUAUAUUAUAAUAUUUAAGUGUUGAGUA